AAUACGUUUUGUGUAUGGUGACGUCGUGGCUAAAAGUUAGCUUCAACGUGACGGAUAUCUCGCUGUUUUAAACGUGUAACUACUUUAAACUUUGAUUUGUUUUAUUUAGGUGCUUUUAUAGUUGAACAUCAGUGCUUUGUUUUUAUUUGUUAGGUAGCUUUAUAGCCGUAGGCUCGCUUCUUGUCUUUGGGCUAAGCUAACAACAACAACCUCCACAAUCAUGGAGGGUAGCGGGAGCGUGAGGAAAGCGUUGUCCGGAACUCUCGUACCUUCAGCGGUCACAACAGUGGCUCUCCGUCAGCCCGAGGAAACAGACAAGGAUCAGGGAAAGCUAAAGAGAAAAGUCCUCGAUGAAGAGGAGUACAUUGAGAGCUUGGAGAAAAUCAUCCAGAGGGACUUUUUUCCAGAUGUUACCAAAUUGCAAGCGCAGAAGGACUACCUUGAAGCCGAGGAAAAUGGAGACCUUGAAAGGAUGAGGGAGAUAUCGAUCCGAUAUGGAUCAUCUUUGACCAAAUCUACCCCACAAACCUCUGCACCUUACGUGACCCCUGCCAGCUUUGAGACACCAGUGGGUCGCUCAGGAUCUCCCUCUUCUACGAUCUGCAGUAAAAGUUCAGAUGUUGAUAAAAAAGAGACCGACACAGAGGAGAAAAUAUUGCCAAGUUUGGAUCGUUUCCUUGCUAAAAAUACCAGUGAGGAUAAUGCGUCGUUUGAGCAGAUCAUGGAUCUGGCAGAAGACAAGGAGAAACUGAGGCACGCAUGGUUAUAUGAAGCAGAAGCUGAAUUCAAACAGCGCCAUGAAGAGAACCUCGCAUUGCCGUCCGCAGAGAAAGCUGCUCUUGAAUGUGUCAAAGCCGGACUGGAGACAUGGGAGUACAAAGCAAAGAACGCCUUGAUGUAUUAUCCAGAAGGCGUUAAAGACGACGACGCUGUAUUUAAGAAGCCAAGAGAGGUAGUUCACAAAAACACUCGAUUUGUUGGGGAUCCGUUCAGCAAAGCUCUCAACAAAAGUCAGAUUCAACAAGCCGCGGCUCUCAACGCACAGUUCAAACAGGGCAAAGUGGGGCCUGAUGGGAAAGAGCUCAUACCACACGACUCCCCAAAAGUUAACGGGUACGGUUAUGAAAGGACUCCGUCCCCAGCACCAGGUGUUGCUGAGUCACCUCUGAUGACCUGGGGUGAGAUUGAGAGCACCCCUUUUCGUCUGGAUGGAUCAGACACUCCGUAUGUUGAGAGGAACCACGGCCCGUCAUUCAAGAUUCCCGAGCCAGGAAGAAGAGAACGGUUGGGCUUGAAGAUGGCUAACGAAGCUGCCGCUAAAAACCGCGCAAAGAAACAAGAAGCGUUGAGAAAAGUUACGGAAAACCUCGCAAGCCUCACACCUAAAGGUCUGAGCCCGGCCCUCACCCCCGCUCUGCAGCGGCUUGUAAAUCGGACAUCUAGCAAAUACACGGACAAAGCACUGCGGGCGAGUUACACCCCUUCCCCCUCACACAGAGUCACUCCCUGCAAGACUCCCUUCAACGGGCCGGCCACUCCCUCGGGAACACCGACACCAAACAAAGCCAAGACCCCGAGUUCUCAGGACCUCACGUCCCUCACAGACAAUCUGCUGCAGCUUCCCAAGAGAAGGAAGGCAUCCGACUUCUUCUAAAAAUAGCCUCUCUGCUCAGAUUGUAAAGCAAAAGACUUGUUACAAUGUAUGGAACCGCAACAGCUUUCAAAAUAAGAGCACAUAUGUGUUGUAAAUAUUGAUUAAAAAUGUGUACAGUGGAUUGGAGAAUUUUGUUUUUUUACUUUUUGAUAAGCUUUGCUGUGAAACACAUCUUGGUCUCCAUUCUCUUAGAUUAAUAGAUUUUUGGUAAUGUAUGGUUUCUGAGAAUAAAUAAGGAAGUGACAUGUC